GUUUAGCGCAAGGAAAGUUCAUUCAAAAUAUAUAUUUUUAAAUGAAUCAUAAUCUACCGUACUUAACGGAUGAUUACCACUCGGGACACGGAGUUACGUACAUGCUUCGCUCGGUCCAACGGUCACAUCGUAUACAUAUUAUAAUUACAUGCAAAGGUGAAAUUUUUUAUAUGUAAUGCUUCGCUUCCAGCGUGCAACGGUCACACUGGUAUAUAAUUACAUAGCUCAUUUUUUGUGAGAUACUAGUAAUAAAUUAAAGAGGGUAUGUGGAAACUUCAGAUUUAGUAUACCUUGUAACGGAAGCUCAUUCAGUAACUUUACAUUGAUGUUGCCUUUGCCGGAUUUCACUUUAUGAAUAUUCAUGGAUAACUUUACGAAACCGAAAGUAGUUUUUUUUUGACUGACAGUUUCUUUCGACAGUCAGUAUACGUCAGACUAGGAAACCGUGAUUCUUGAAUGUGUAGAUGAACUGAAUGGGAUAUAACUUUAAUCACUGUAAGUUUUUCAUACUUAUCAGUUUUAAUAUGUCUACACAAACCACACUCCUCCACCACUGUGUAUUAAUAUUUAGGUCAGAUUUACUUUGUGUGGUUUUUUCUAGGACACGUGCCCGGUUUUUGUGUAUUUUGCUGAUGAAUUUUUCAAAUUGAAAUAGUUUCUUUAUUGCAUGUACUUUCAUAAAUUCUCUACUUUCAUCGAGUAUUAAAAGUCAAGAUUGAUAUAUGCAUUUGACGACUUCGGUAUAAUUAUCGGUUAUAUUUGAGUAUUAAAAUCAAUAUUUACGCCUACUGUGCGUAGAUGAUCUGGUCGGGAAGAACCUACAUGUAACUGUGCAGCCUAUACUUGAUAAGGACCUUCUUUUAGAACAGAAGAAAAACUAUAUUUUGGAUUGAAAUCAGUUGGUGAAUUUGGGUAAUCAUGUUCUCUCUUUGUGAAAUGAAAUUAAGAUAUCGUUGUUCACUUGUUGAAAAUGUUCACGGGUCAGCUUUAAAACCACCUAUCGUGUGGGAGAUCUACUCUCUGUUUAUUUGGAUACGUCGAGUGGUUAGAUAGUGUUGGGAAUACAUAGAUUUUCAGUCUAUUUUUAAUACCAAUAAUUUCCAAUGAUAUAUGCAAGAUUUCAGACGGGAUAUAUAUUUAAUGCAUGCAUGUAUUAUGAAAUAUUUACUGUAUUUUAAUCACAAGUGCCUGGUAUUUAACACAUAUGAAUAACUUUACAGGCUAAAUGUGUAUUCAUGUCUUAAAACCCAAUUAAGCAUCUGUGGAUUUCCAUCGUAUGUCGCAGAUACAUUUGUCUGGUUUCGUCUUCGAGAGGAAGACAAGAUAAGCUGUGGGUGUCCGACGAUGGCUGUUUUGAAAAAAAAAAUCAUAUUUAUAUUAUGUAUAAUAUGUUGUUCGUUACUGAUCACCGGCUGUGUUCAAUAUAUGUUUUUAACAAAAUCAACAACAACAAAAACUUAACACCCCCCCAACCCCCACACAUAAACAAACAAACGAAGAAAAAAAGCAAAAUAAUAAUAAACAAAACAGAAAAUUUGUGGGAAAUAUAAUUUGGAAUGAAAUUUAUGCAACCGUCCUUUGCGGUGAUUUUACAAACUUUUGCUGUGAUUGUUUCUAAGUGUAGCUGCCUCUGAAAACAUUUGGCGAUUUCGUAAUGUACUGUAAUUCAUUGUGAAAAAGAUUGAACAAUUUAUCAUUUUCUCAUUUAUUAGAGCACGCCAAAUUUAGCGGGAUUUGGCAACAUUUUGUUUCACCAUACGGAGUACAUUUAACACUACCGGUCGGCGACCUGUUUAUGGCACUUUGUAAUCCGACGUGUCAAUUGUUUGUUUAAGAACCCUUUCCUUCAAGUGUGGAGCAUCGUCUAGUUAGAUUUAUCCACAUCAAUGAAUACAUUGCUUCCUUGCAAUUGACAUUGUACAUGUACGUAAUCAUGUAGGCAAUGGGUGUUUGGAUUGUAUGGCACAUGUAAAUAAUUCUAAACUAUAUUUAGAAAUGUAUAAACUGCGAUUCACGUCGGCAUACUGCAUGAACACGUACCAGUGUUCAUUAAUUACAUUAUUAUACAAUAAACAUAAUUUUUAUGAUCUUUUCCCCCUUCAAUUUAAGUAAUCCCUAUGAUGAAAAUACACGAGAGGGUUUUUUUGUGUACAUGUGUAUAUGUGUGUGUGUGUGUGUGUGUAUAUAUAUAUAUAUAUAUAUAUAUAUACACACUCAUGGCUACGGUAUGAUAGACAGUACAUAGAUGAUCCUUAGAUCGAAAGCGGAUGUGUAGACAGUAUUUAAGCUCAUUAUUGAUGGCUAUGAAAAAGUGAUAUAUAACAUAUUAAUGUAGCAUCUUUUUAAGUCGAAAUUGUGUUUCCAAUAAUGAGAUAGACUUGAUAAUGUAAACUUUUUUUUAAUCCUAUGAUUUCAAUUUCAAGCUGAAUUUAGUUUUUAGAAAUUUGUUUGGAUUAAGCUUUAACGAGAAAUAACGCAUCAUCUCAUUUUUAAAGCGGAAGUACUCAAAUGGUGUAGAGAUAAAAUCAGAAACUAUGAUAUUUAAUGUCCAUUUACAGUGAAGUAGGGCGUUACACUGGACGCAAUGUAUAUAAACCAUGCAUACAUUCAUGUACUCAUACACGAGUCUCACAAAUUUUUUACAUUUUUAAAAAAUGACUUUAAUUUACAAUUGAAAGUUUUUCCUGAAUGAGGCAAAUCUAACACCCCAAUUUUAUUACACGAUAGUUUUACACCCCCCCUUCCCCUGAAAAAGAGAGGCAUGUUUUGCAUGCACCUGCAUGAGGGUCGGUCGAUCUGUAGACUAAGUUUUGUUCACUGAAGUAUCUUAAGAACCGUUUGCUUAACAGACAUCAAACUUUGUACACUGGUACAUGUACAUCGUAAGGAGUAGAUGAACCGCAUUGAUUUUUGGUUUAAAUGGACAAAAUAAUAAUUGUUUGAAAUUGUUUUGAACAUAUAUCUUAUUGAUCAAAUCAAAAGGAUUGGGAACAAGUUCUAACAACUUACUAGUCUCUCUCCUAAAACAUUACAAUAUGUCAUGCAAGAUAAUAAUUAACAGGUAAAAUGUACAAUGAUUAUUAAAUAAAUGAGUCUACCAGUUUUAUCUAUAAAUUUGUUAAUAGCUGAAUAUACAUGUAUAUAUAUAUAUAUAUUAGUACUUUUUACAAGUCAAGCAUCAAAAGGCGAUCAAAACGUUUAUAGUAAUUUUUACAAGCAAAAAAAAAAAAAGAAUAAAAUAAAAGAGAGAGAGAGAGAGAGAGAGAGAGAGAGAGAGAGAUGAUAUAUACCUUGGUUAUUAUGUCCACAUGAACGAAAUGGAAAUUUUUAAUAUUACGUUUAUAAGGAUCAUAAUGAAGGAUACAUUUGUGCCUUAGCUCUGUAUGAAUAAUGUUGAUUAAUCGUUUCCCAAAAAGAAAAACAUGAUGGUAGGCUUGUGAUUUCUGCUAUCAUAUUUUUGCGGAAUGAAUUGAUUGAAAGGGCUUCAUUCAAUAAGUUUGACUGUUUUAUUGAAUUUUUUUAAAUAAACAGGGGCGUGUACCUUCUGUAUAUUUCCACAGCUAAAUAAUUAUUCACACUUUUGUGUUACCUUUUUAGAGUAAGUAGAAUGGACUUAAAAGUCUGCUGGUCUUCAAUACACUGAGAGUUCUUGUUGGUAAAAUUUCAAUAAUAUUCCACUCAUUGCUUGUUAUUGAAUUUGAAAAGCACCAACAACAAAAAAAAAAAAAAAACGAAAAAAAAAACUGUCAGGAUAAAUUGUGUGAAGUUUAUGACAUUUAACAUAUUAUAAGAUGAAUUUCGUUUUCACAUUUCAAUGCCCUAAUUAUGUAAAUUUAAGAAUACAUAUGAAUAAAUAUUACUACAAAUCAUCUAAUACAUUUAAAGUAACCCAGUUAUUAGUGCACUUCACUGAAUGACGUAUACACAUGUAAAUCUACCCCGGUUAUUAGUGCACUUCACUGAAUGACGUAUACACAUGUAAAUCUACCCCGGUUAUUAGUGCACUUCACUGAAUGACGUAUACACAUGUACAUCUACCCGGUUGACCCAGGGAAAUAUUCAUUAAGCUCUUUUGUCACUUAACGUAGUUCCACACUCCUGUGACGUCAUAAGAUUGUGCAAAGUCAAUAAUUUAAUGACUGGAACAUAAAUUUUGUUGGAGUCUUUUUCAAUAGUUAUUGUAAAAAAUCUUGUUAGCCAUAAAAUAUUUCAAAAGUCUUAGUUAUAUUUGAAUAGUCAAUUAUGCGUUUCAAAAUAUUGAAUCCAAGGACAAUAACUCUGUUUUCAUUAAAUUAUUUAUCAAGUCCAUUAUGCAAUAGAUUUCCUAUAUUUUUCACAAACAUUUUACCAAGGUGAUAAGGAAUUAUUAUCUGUGUCUUUUCAUGAAAUUACAUAAAAUUUUAAUCCAUGAGUGGUUUUGAAUAGCUUAGUUGUAUGGUGCCAGAUUUAGGGUUUUUAUGGGGGUAUACAUACUCUGGAAGCUAUAGAUUUGAAAUUAUUAAGGAAAGGUAUGGAUUUUUUUUUCAUAAAUAACUAUAACAGAUGUACAUCUACUAAUAUAACCAGAAAAAAUGAUAUGUAAACCAUGCUAUAAGGAAAUUGUGUCCAUAUUUGUUUGUUUUUUAACAUUUUGGAGAGUAAGGCUAAUUCAAUAAUUUUGCACUUAUUAUACUAAAACUUGAUGAACAUAGUGAAAAUGACAUGUGUUUUAGUUCUUGACAUGUUUCCUGAUAAAUAAAUGCAAUUUAAAUUUUUUGUUGUUGUUUUUAUUUUAAAAUAACAACAGAUAACUGUUUCCAAUGAAUUUCAUAAAAAUCUACAUAGGGUGCAUUACUUCAGUAGUGUCUGUAAUGAAAAUAAAUUUGGAAAUCCUUAACUAAUUUGCCUUUUCUCAUUACUCUGAAUGUUAAUCUAUUGAUUCCAAACGAAAAAAUGCUACCUAAACCCCAAAAAUCCAGGACUAAGGACCCACCUUAAAUAGUUCCAAAUUGUCAUGUUGAUCCAAUGUAUUUUCUCUUCUAUCUAUUUAUCUAUCUACAAUGUUUCUAUCCAUCCACUCUCUCUCUCUGUCCAAUGUACAUGUAUCUAUCUCUCCUUCUUUUCUCUCUCUCUCUACAUUACAUGUAUUCAUGCGCUUUGUGUGUUUACAACCAUAUAGAUCUACAGUGUAGUAAUGGUUUUCUAUGCAAGAAGACUUGAUCACCCCCCCCCCCCCCUCAUUUAGACUCCUUAUGACUUAUUGAGUGUAGUUUGUAAUAUACACUGUACUUUCUUUGUAAUUAAUAAGCUAAUGAACUAUAAUGGUCAAGGUUAUACAUAUCUUGUAUUGAAUUGAUAUUUCCUGCGCAUGUCGUUUGAGACACCAGUUUUUGUUUGGGUUUCCCGUUUAUUAUAUAGAUUUGAAAUUAUUAUGUAACGUGCUUGGUUUCGUUAUUCGCCUACUUUGUCUCAUUCCCAAAUUAUCUGUAACAGUAUUAAGAUGUUCUAAAUCGAAAGUGAGGUUGUUCAUCCAUCAAUGUGUUACGUACUGGUGCUGCUGUUACUCAGAUUUAACAGUGGAGUCCCGGACCAUUUGUUUGUGUCCUUGUUAGCAAUAUCGAUUUCCCGUUUAGCUGUCCAUGGUACCGCUGUCCAUGCAACGAAGAACAUGUGAUGGGAAAUCAUCCCUAUAUGCACAUACAUAUUCACCAAUGGAUGUAAUGAUUGAGUUUCUGCCGGUCCUUCUACUCUUCCUUGGAUCUUUAACUAACGCCAGAGAAUGUUCCUUUAAUGUCACGGUCAUCAAAGUAGAAGAACAAAUAUUCAACAAGACUAAUUACGAAAAGCAAUGUGAAGGAAUUCUUAGUAACUAUGGUGAUUCGGUAACUAUGUGCAAUGGGUACUUUUUGAAUCCAAAGUGCAUCUGCUCAUACUAUAUGUAUGUAUGGGAGAUAAAAGAUAUCUGUGAUACAUCAGACCCCAAGAAAAACGGAAGUCUUGAACACACAACAAUUGGAUUUUGCAAGAAGUACAGUCAUUCCAAGAAUGGGCCCUGUCAAAAUAACGGAAAUCUGACCGCAGAGUACAAGGGUGAUGAUGCCUUGGCUGAUGAUGCUAUAUGUGUUUGUGAGAAAGACUACAGUGGGGAUUACUGUGAUGUAUAUAAUGGGACAAUUAAAUGUAAAGAAAUUGAACCAGGAAAUCUCUCGUCCCUGCCAGACUGUCGUGAACAGUUCCGAAGUCGAUAUUGUCUACUAACGGUAAAUCAUAACAUCAAGCUGAUGUGUGAUUCAGAGGACAUUGUUCAAGGUAACCUGGAUGAUUGUUUAUCCAUCCCAUCAUCGGAGUUUGAUUCUCAAUCCGGCAAAUCCAACUCCCAAUCAACAAAUCGUGCAGUUUUAACCGGAAUAGUAUUCCUUGUAUCUGUGGAGUUCAUGAACUUACUGAUUGACUAAUGACGCUGGAAACCCGACUGUGCCGGGACACUCACUGUGCGUCACGUGGAAUGUAGAUGGAAAAUUCCUGGGUUCAAACAUUCAAGUGGCGUCAGAGACCAAUGACUACAAAAUGGCUCUGUGAUCGUGUCACAAUGUGACAGAUUCUGUAGGAUUUGUCGGUUUUACGGGUUAUGAGUGAUAUAGUACAUAGGACACUACAUAUAUCUGUUUCUUUCGUUAUUUUCCCAGGUACCAAUGUUCAAGAAAUAUAUCAUCCUUUAUUUUCAUUUAGAGUAUCGUAUUUUGUUUCGUAAAAUUUUUUGUCAAAAUUUUAUUCGAACAAUUUUUUUCCCAAGAACAUAGAUGUUUACACUUAUGUACCGUCAGAUUAUGUAAACAAUAACUACCUGUGUGAUCUUCGAAAGUCCCCAUUGUACUGUGUAUUUAAUUACUAAAUCCAAUAGUAAUCCUACAAUACCAUGUACAUAAUAUAAUGACGUGGUGUGGCUGAAUAUUAUUCAAAAUCAGUUCGGUGAAUUCAAAGGACAAGGAGGACCUAUUGAAUAUCAGCAAGUCAGGAGAUAGGGAAGUCCGACAAGUGAAAAUCCACGCACCGUCCCAAGCCAAUGUGAAAGUCCAUCGUCCCAAGCCAAUGUGAAAGUCCACCGUCCCAAGACUCGGUCUGGAACGACCCCAUUCCGCUCCCUCUGACGAGGCAUAUGGUGCAAAUCAAAUGUGAAUGGAACGGUCUGCUCUGAAAUACUGUGGAAUCAUUUUUAUUCGUGGGGGCAAUGUUCGUGGGUAAGCAAAGUUUUGCUGGAUUUCGUGGUUAAGCAAUACGAUGUCACAAGGAGAGAUAACGUGGUUUAAAUAAAAAAAGUUCGAGGACACGUAAAUUCGUAGGUAUGAAUGACCCACAAAAUCCACGAACAUCGUUUCCCCACGAACAAUGAUGAUUCCACAGUUCUUUAAUUUUGUGUUACGAACAGGUUUGGGUUUUUAUAGCAUAGAUCACAGGCAAAUAUGUCGCUUAGGUUGGACUUUACUAUUGCUGAAAGAUUGAUAUAUUGCAUGUAGAAUACAGAAUUCUAUAACCCAAGCCAUAAAAUUUAAGUCAUUUUGCAUUUAUUAUUUGAUUGUUGUUGUGUAAAUUCCAAGGACAGGGAUUUGUUUAAAUGAACUCCCUCCCCGUCGAUAGUGUCCAUACUGUCAGAUUUCAAAGUAGAUUACGCCUCUCUCUCUCUCUCUCUCUCUCUCUCUCUCUAUAUAUAUAUAUAUAAUCAAAAUUAGAUACAAUGGCAUUCUUUAAUUAGAUUGCCUAUAUUGAUAAGUGUAACUGUACAUGUGUUUGCUCAAUAUUCCCGUGUUGUAAAUGAUGAUAUAUAUAUUGGUAUUAGAUUAUUGAAGUGUGCCUUUCAUUGAUGUGUAUAUAUUCCAUUUUUCCAUUUGAAAUUGGUUGUCGUCCGUCGUCGUGCGUUAUCAAUUGAACAUUUUUAACUUCUUGAUAACUGCUUUUCCAAUUCUUUUCAAACUUGGGAUGAAGCAUCUUUUGGACAAGGGGAACAUAAAUUGUAAAUUUCAGGACACCUGCACCCCAAGGGCCUGAGCAAAAAUUGCCAAAACAUUUACCAAUUUUCAAAAGUUUUCUUCUCUGCAAUUGCACAUGUGUAAGAAAAAUUAGUGAUGUAGAGCAGCAAGGCCUCUACCAAAAUUGUAAAUUUCAUUAUCCCUGUGGUAGGGGUUCUGACCUCAGGGCGGGGCCAAACUGGGUUUAUAGUGUUUAUGUGUAAAACACUUAAAUAACAUCUUCUUUAGUGCUAUUGAAACAAGAUCGAUAUUUAUAAAGAGCAGGUAGUGCUUUUUGACUCAAGUUUGUGUCCAAAUUAGUCAUAUCGUUUUAUGUUAAUUAAUACAUAUAUUAUGUGAACCUUUUCAUCAGUGUAUGCACUUUUGAGGGCAGUGAAGUUAUAAGAACACAUCUUGUUUUAUACUGUUGCUGAAUAUUAGAAUUUAGCUUAGACAGGAAACCUUUUCUAGGUUGCAUUGCUCUUGGGUUAAUAGGACUAGUGAUGCUUUUAACAAGUAUCCAGGUGACCAAUAAGACAUGUGGACCUCUUGUAUGUUUAAACAUGGGGGGGGGGGGGUACUGUAGCAUCUUAUUUACAGUUUGGUCAGUAAACUUAAUUUCCGUCUUUCUGUACAAUGCAAAUGUUUUUUUCAUUAUCGUAUGGUGAAAAUUGUUUUUUAUUUCUUAAACUUUUGUUCUAAUCCCUGUAAUUCAUUUAUACAUGUAUAUAUUGGGAACUUGUUUUACACAUUGUAUUUUUUUAAAAAUUGUUUUAAAAAGAGUCUUCCAUUUGUUCCAACUAGUUAUUGUCAUCUGGCAGUGCAUAAUGCAGUGCAUCUACUUGUGUAGAUUUUCUGAUGUCUCGUUCAUGUGAAUGUAAGUGUGAACACGUGAUGUUUUUCAUUUUGUCAUAUGAUCUUUACAAAAUAAAUCAUUUAAAACAAAUUA